AUGGCCAACUCCGACCACCACCUCCCCACCCCGACGCUCGCCGAGUCCCCCGCCCUCCUCCACGCCGUCUCCGAGCACGGCGGCUACGCCUACGUCAGCAUGGCAGCAAGCGCCGCAGCCGGAGACGUACGCGCAGCGGAGGCGGCGCGCGAGAUGGCCUGGGAGCAGCUCCACUCCGGGCCCUGGCACUCCGUCCUCUCCGUGUGGCGCGACGCCUACGCAAUGGCCUGCCUCCACGUCGCCAAGCUCCACUUCGCCGCCGGCGAGUUCUCCGACGCCUUCCGCGCUCUCGACAUGGGCCUCCUCAUGGGCGGCCCGCUCCUCAAGUCGGACCUCCACUCCGCCGUCACUAAAGUCUCGGCUAAAUCCAGGUCCUCCGCCGCAGGCGCUAGGGUUUCCGAUGAGAACGGCCCCAAUUUGGACCGGCGUUUGGUCCGUGACGACGUCAAAGCAUCGGAGAUGCUUGGAGUUUUGCCUCCAAAAUCAUUAUCAUGUAAAAUGGUGGUGAAGAAGUCUGGUUUAUCUUUAGAAGGGUUUUUGAGAGAGCAUUUCUUACCGGGAUUGCCGGUUAUUUUGACUGACUGUAUGGCGCAUUGGAAUGGCAUGGAUUACCUGUUGAGAGUUGCCGGUGACCGGACGGUGCCGGUUGAGGUGAGAAAGAUGGUUACUUUGACGGAGAAUGUGAGUAAGUUUAUUACUUUUUCGCAGUUUCUUGAGAGGAUUCAGAGUAUUGACUCAUCCUCUGGUGCGCCGACGUAUCUUGCUCAGCAUUCAUUGUUUGAUCAGAUAAACGAGCUGCGUGAGGAAAUUGAUGGUGGUGUGGAACUAAGGUCCCUUAGUGCUUGGUUUGUUCUGGGUGAGACUGUAACCCCAUUACACCAUGAUCUCCAUCAUAAUGUGUUUGCUCAGGUAGUCCCUCAGUGCUUGGUUUAUUAUGAUUUUGCUUUUGAGAGUUAUUAUCCAUUUCGGGUUCAUGUAUGUUGUAUAUCUGCUGAUUGAAUACACUUUAGUUUGAAGGUUGAUCUAAACAGCAUAGAUGAGAAAGAAUACCCAGAGGUGCAGGACUCAGAAUUUCUUGACUGCAUAUUAGAGGAAGGUGAAAUGCUUUACAUCCCACCAAUGUGGUGCCACUAUGUGCGGUCUCUCACAACAAGUAUGUCAGUUAGCUUUUGGUGGAGUGAUUAUGACAGUUCAGCUAUGUCUUGAUAGUUUGUACUUUGUGCUUUCUUGUUGAUAGUCUCAUGUAUAUAUAUCCUGCUGUGUUAUAUUUAAGACAAGACUUGUA